CAUCUGUCGGCAGAUAGUCUGAAGGAAGAACGCGUGGGUGAAGUCAGUGAUGAUGCCACAAUGGCGGGCUCCAUAGAGAUCCCACUUCGUGACACAGACGAGGUAAUCGACCUUGACCUCGAUCAAUUACCAGACGGUGAUGAAGUUCUUAGCAUUUUACGGCAAGAACAUGCACAACUUAAUAUUUGGGUCAAUUUGGCUCUUGAAUUCUAUAAGCAACACAAAAUUGAAGACUUCAUUAAGAUACUUGAAUCUUCUCGGAUUGAUGCUAAUAUUGAUUACCGCGACUAUGAGAAAGAUCAGAUGCGUGCGCUCGAUAUGUUGGCUGCAUAUUAUGUGCAGGAAGCCAAUAGGGAGAAGAAUAAAGACAAGAAAAGAGAUCUGUUUACUAAAGCAACUCUGCUGUAUACAACAGCAGACAAGAUCAUCAUGUACGACCAGAAUCAUCUACUUGGGAGAGCGUAUUUCUGUCUCUUGGAAGGGGACAAAAUGGACCAGGCUGACGCCCAAUUUAAUUUUGUACUAAAUCAAUCUCCGAAUAAUAUACCCUCCCUCCUCGGCAAAGCAUGUAUAGCAUUCAACAAGAAAGACUAUAGAGGAGCACUUGCUUUUUAUAAGAAAGCAUUGAGAACAAAUCCAAACUGUCCAGCUGCCGUAAGACUAGGAAUGGGACACUGUUUCAUGAAACUGAACAAUCAGGAGAAGGCGCGUUUAGCAUUUGAAAGAGCUUUGCAACUAGACGGCCAAUGCGUUGGUGCAUUGGUUGGUCUUUCAGUGUUGAAACUCAACCAACAACAGCCUGAUAGUAUCAGAACUGGAGUACAAAUGUUGUCCAAAGCGUACACAAUCGAUUCGACGAAUCCUAUGGUGUUGAACCACUUGGCAAAUCAUUUCUUUUUUAAGAAGGAUUACAACAAAGUGCAACACCUGGCGCUUCACGCGUUUCAUAAUACUGAGAACGAGGCUAUGCGCGCCGAGAGCUGCUAUCAAUUAGCAAGAGCAUUUCAUGUUCAAGGGGAUUACGAUCAAGCCUUUCAAUAUUAUUAUCAGGCGACUCAAUUCGCACCACCAGUUUUCGUAUUGCCUCACUUUGGCUUGGGUCAGAUGUACGUUUAUCGCGGUGACGCAGAAAACGCGGCGCAGUGUUUCGAGAAAGUCUUGAAGGCUCAGCCGGGAAAUUAUGAAACGAUGAAGAUUCUUGGUUCGCUGUACGCGAAUUCGACUUCGCAAUCGAAACGAGAUAUCGCUAAGAACCACCUUUGGAAAGUGACCGAACAAUUCCCAGACGACGUCGAGGCGUGGAUCGAGCUGGCUCAAAUAUUGGAACAAAGUGACCUUAACGCAGCUUUAAACGCUUACGGUACUGCAACUAGGAUUUUGAAGGAGAAAGUUCAGGCUGAUAUUCCGCCAGAGAUUUUAAAUAACGUUGGAGCUCUACAUUAUAGACUUGGAAAUUUAGAGGAAGCUAGAAAAAAUUUGGAAGAAUCUCUGGCACGUUCUAAAGCCGAUGCCUUACACGAUGCUGUAUACUACAACUCGAUCGCUGUUACGACUACGUAUAACUUGGCCCGUUUGAACGAAGCUUUGUGUAUAUUUGAUAAGGCGGAGAAGUUAUACAAAGAUAUUUUAAAGGAACAUCCGAACUACGUAGAUUGUUAUCUACGACUUGGAUGUAUGGCUCGUGAUAAAGGACAAAUUUACGAAGCAUCGGAUUGGUUCAAGGAUGCUUUGAGAAUAAACAUUGAACAUCCGGACGCGUGGUCCCUUUUGGGUAAUCUGCAUUUAGCCAAAAUGCAAUGGGGACCAGGUCAAAAGAAAUUCGAAAGGAUUCUGAAGAACCCAACGACAAGCACCGAUGCCUAUUCGUUGAUCGCCCUAGGCAACAUUUGGUUGCAGACGUUGCACCAAAGUGGAAAGGAUAAGGAUAGAGAGAAGCGACAUCAAGACAGAGCAUUGACCAUGUAUAAACAAGUUUUACGGAACGAUCCGAAGAAUAUUUGGGCGGCGAACGGGAUCGGAGCUGUGUUAGCUCACAAGGGCUGUAUAAACGAAGCGAGGGAUAUUUUCGCUCAGGUUCGAGAGGCAACUGCCGAUUUUUGUGACGUCUGGCUAAACAUUGCUCACAUUUACGUCGAGCAGAAACAAUACGUCAGUGCCAUUCAGAUGUACGAGAACUGUCUUCGGAAAUUUUAUAAAUACCAUCACGUCGAAGUGUUGCAAUACAUUGGGAGAGCUUAUUUCAAAGCUGGCAAAUUGAAAGAAGCAAAGUUGACGUUGUUAAAGGCGAGGAGGGUAGCCCCGCAGGAUACUGUUUUGUUGUACAAUAUCGCGCUUGUGCUCCAACGUUUGGCAACGCAAAUCUUGAAAGAUGAAAAAUCGACUUUGACUACGGUAUUGCAAGCAGUUCACGAAUUGGGACUUUCGCACAAAUACUUCCAAUACUUGUCGGCGCACGGAGAUAGAAUGGAACAACUUGCGGAAACCGAGGCAAGACGAUGCCAAGAUUUGUUAUCGCAGGCGCAGUAUCACGUCGCCAGAGCUAGGAGAUUAGAUGAAGAGGAAAAAAUGCUCAGGAAGAAGCAAGAAGAAGAGAGGCAAGCGUUUAAAAUGCGACAGACGGAAGAGCAACGAAAACUCGAAGAACUGCGGCGUCAGAAAGAGGAAGAGAUGUUGCAGAAACGACAGGAAUAUGUUGAGAAGACGAAGAAUGCUUUGGUGUUCGGUGAAAUGCCUUCUGAGAAAACUGGACGGAAAGGAAAGAGGCCACGCACUGAUCAGUACAUUAGUGACAGCGGUGGUUCUGGCAGAGAAGAAGGUAGAGAAGAACCACCGAGAGAAAAGAAACGCAAGAGGAAAGCGAGUGGUGAACGAAAAGAGAAGAAAGGCAGAAGUAAAGGGAAACGCAGGAAGGACGGUGGAAGUGGAGAAAGUGGUUCAGACAGCGACCGACCCAAACGGAAGCGUGGAAGGAAGAUUAAAACUGGUAGAAAAGAGAAAGCAUCGAGAAAAAGUACAAGUGAGACUUCAAAAGGCAAGAUGCCCUUAUCGAAAGAAACAAUAUCGACGAGUGAAUCUGAUAGUGAUUCAGGAGGCCUCAAGAUCGCCAGCGGUGGUGAAAGCGGUAACGAGGGUCGUGGACGCGGAAGCAGACGAAUUAUGUCAGACUCUGAAGGAUCCCGAGGAUCACGGUCUAGAUCUCGUUCUAGGUCGAAAUCCAGAAGUCGUUCAAGAAGUACCUCUCGUUCGCGUUCACGUUCGCGUUCACGCUCGCGUUCCCAGUCACGAUCCUCUCGCUCGCGGUCUCGUUCUGGUUCAAAAUCAAGGAGUGUAUCGCGAUCAAAAAGCAGGUCGAGAUCGAGAUCUGCUUCAGCGAAAAGUGAAUCGCGAUCGAGAUCGGUCUCUAGGUCAAGAUCAGGAUCAAGAAAGAGUCAAUCACGCUCGCCUAGCGGAUCUAGAAAAAGUGGAUCCCAACCGAGAUCGAGAUCGGGAUCGAGAAAGAGUCAUUCGCCAUCACGAUCCCGUAGUGGAUCAAGACAAAGCGAGGUGCAAACAAGGUCUAGAUCAGGCUCUAGAAAUCAGUCGCGAUCGAGGUCGCGCAGUGGAUCAAGGAAAAGUGGAUCGCAGCCAAGAUCGAGAUCAGGAUCUCCGGCUAGCGCAGGAUCAAGAUCUAGAUCUCCCAGCGGCUCUAGGAAGGCAGCGUCAAGAUCAAGAUCAAGGUCGGGAUCGAGAAGCGGCUCGCAGUCGGACGAGCGUAAAUCAAGAAGCAAGAGUCGUUCGAAAUCUAAGUCUGUCUCAAGAUCACGUUCGGGAUCAAGAUCAAAAAGCGGCUCUCGAAGUCGGAGUCCUAGUGAAUCGGCGCGAUCGGCCACUCCAGAAUCCAGAAAAUCAGUCUCAGGUAGCGAGGUCGGAUCCCGGCAUUCGAGCACGGACCGGGGUGGUGGAAGCGACAGCGAAUAGGUUUAAUAUUCGAAAGUUCACUAUGAACGCGUGCAAACACUUCACUCCAAUUACAGUCACACUUCGUUUUGUAAACUUCGAAUUUACAUAUGAAA